AUGGCGUUCGCCGCUCGCGACGCCCUGCAGGGGUUGUUGUUCGACGUUGAGUCCAAUGCGGUGCUGCGAGCGGAAAUGGCCAAGAAGAACCUAUUCAGGAAAAAAGGUGCUGAAGAUCCUGCCAAGAGGCUCCGUGUCGCUGACGCGUUGACCUCGUCCUACGUGGUUCCUGGAGCGGCUUCUUAUGAUCCCUAUGGUGCUGCUGCGGCAGCCGCGUUUGCAGCAGCAGCUGUGGGCUCGGCUCCUGCUGCUGUCAUGCCGCGCACUGUAGCAUCGACAUACACUCCCUCCAAGGUGUACAAGGACAACCCGCCCUGCAACACACUCUACAUCGGCAAUCUCAGCCCAUUCGUCAACGAAACAGAGAUUCUCAGUGUCUUUGGCACGCAACCAGGCUAUGUGCAAAUGAAGCUGACGAGGCAAGGCGUCACCAACACAUGCUGCUUCGUGCAAUACUCGGACAUAGCAUCAGCAUCAGCCGUGCACGCAGCACUGCAAGGCACCUCCCUGGCAUCAUCCGAUAGAGGCCCUAUCCGAAUUCAAUUCUCCAAGAACCCCCUCGGAGUCAAGGGGCCGGGCUUCGGGGGAGGGAUGGGGGGAGUGGGCGGAGUGGGCGGAGUGGGCGGAGUGGGGGAGUUUGGGGGCGCUGUGAAGAGUGAGAUAGGCCCAGUGGCGGAGCCGCCACCAGCAGGGACGGACGGUGGAGCAGGGGGGGCAGGAGGGGUGGGAGGAGGGGCGAUCAAGGCAGAAGAGGCAGCUGCAGCGGCGUUGGCUGCAGCCAGUGGGUUGACCUAG